UCCCUCUCGGCAUGGAGUUGGCGGGAGUCUAUAAAAAGCCGCCGUGAGACGAGGCCACCGUCCUGCCAGAGCCGCCGGGAGAGGCUGAGGCGCGGCGGCGGCGGGGAACGGCGGCUCCGCCACCAUGAUCAACCCCAACUAUUACCCGUGGGGCUACGACGGCGACAACGGACCGGAUCAGUGGCACAAAAAUUACCCAAUUGCCAAAGGACGCCACCAGUCACCUAUUGAAAUCAAUAACAAAGAAGUGCAUUACGAUCCCUCCCUGCUACCAUGGUUUGCUAGUUAUGAUCCCGGUGCAGCUAAGACCAUCCUCAAUAAUGGGAAAACCUGCAGAGUUGUAUUUGAUGAUUCUUUUGAUAGAUCAGUGCUGAGAGGUGGGCCACUUCCAGGAGUCUUCAGGCUGCGUCAGCUUCACUUUCAUUGGGGUUCAUCUGACGACCAUGGCUCUGAGCAUGUUGUGAAUGGAGUAAGAUAUGCAGGAGAGCUACAUUUGUUACACUGGAAUCCCAACUACAGUAAUUACCUUGAUGCUGUGAGAAGAACUGAUGGAAUAGCUGUUUUGGCCAUAUUUUUGCAAGUAGGGAAAACUCCCAAACCAGAGAUGAAGAGAAUUCUUGAAGAAAUAAAUGCUAUCAAAACAAAGGGGAAAGCAGCUCCUUUUCCCAACUUUGAUCCUUCAGUUCUUUUCCCGAAAUCUCGUGACUACUGGACAUACCAUGGGUCUUUCACUACUCCACCUUGUGAAGAGUGCAUCACCUGGAUUAUUCUUAGAGAACCUAUCAUAGUCAGCUCAGACCAGAUGGCGAAGCUCCGCAGCCUAUCCAAGAAUGCUGAGAAUGAACCUGAUCUCCCUCUGGUUGAUAACUGGCGCCCGACUCAGCCUCGGUAUUUCAGGAUGGUGAGCGCAUCAUUCCUCUAGGACCUGGCUUGGGUUGGGUGUCCCUGAGUGCGACGACCUCUAGAACUAAGAGAUGGUUUUGCUUUGUGUCCUCUGUUGCAUUUAGACAGAACUCAAGCUGUAGGUCUAGAGGCUGAAACUUUGAAUCGUGAAAUGGGAAUUUCACUUUCAGAAGAUAACAUUUACUUAAGCAAAUCCUAUCAUUAAAAUAGAAGUAGAGAAUCUGUUUUUCUCUUCAUAACUUCUUUAACAUUAGCUUUUGUUCGUAGUACAAAGGAAGAAAGAAGAUGCUACUAACAACUACAAAACCAUUUCCUAUUGCCCACAUGUCCCUUGAUGCUUGCCUUUUCCCAUGCUAAAGAGGUUGCGGUUAAGAGAAGUAAUUGUUUUCAGCAUAAAACCUUAUUUUUCAGUAAUUGUUUUCAGCAUUAUCCAUAUCCUGCUCUGAGCUGCACCAGUUAAUGCACAAGGCGUUCUUGGAAAUAAAUGAGAUCACUCUUUUGGUAUUUGAUGCUCACAUAACAUAUGAAAAGACAGAAACUUGCUUCAUUACCAUUGAUAAAGAACUAAGCUUUUAGCUUCUCAAAACAAUGGACAGGUGAAACAGAGGACUAUUCUGAAAAUUGUAUUCACUGAGUUAUAUGACGUUAAAACUAUGGAAUGGGGGAAGAGCUGUUUCUUCGGUUUGUGUCACAAAUGGUUGUCCAUAUUAAAAGACUGAUUUGCAUUUUAAUAUCGUAGCAAUGAAAAUGACAUGGAUUUUGAGAACUUCCUUCCUGUCCUGAAUAUAUGUUUUCUCCACGUAUGUAAGUGGCUUUUCUGUGUAAAAAGGUGUUAAGACAGCAAGAGUUCUUAAUCUUUUUAGUGUUUUUUUUUGAGGCAGAUUCUCACUUCAUGUGCAAAUAAUUGAUCCUACCGUCAAUGAGAUUUGUGCGUAAAUAUCUGAAACCACAACUUGACCCUCCUGAUCAAAAUGCAGUUGACCAGGGUGUUCUUGUCCCUUGUUUUGGCAUAAAGAACAAUGAAACAGAAUUCUAAGUCUAUACUUGAAAUAACAGUAUUUCUGCAUCAAAAC